AUGCCCAUGCUGGUCGGGUACUUUACACAUAUUAUAGGAGGAGGGAUUGGUUGCGGUCCACACACACACACACCAGCAGUUUUAAAAGAGAGCGCUUCAAAGGAUGAUACAACUGAAAUGAUGAACCUAGAGAAGGAUAAACAGGUGCUCAAGGAAAGGUUACAAGAAGAGUUGCAAAGACUGAGGGGAGGCAGAGAAAGAGGAAAACGGAGGAGUGAAAAAAAAAAAAAAAAAAAAGGAAUUUUAUAUACACAAAUCGAAUCAAAAUAUAUAGGAAAAAUAUUAUAUGAUACAUUUUGUCACUCCAGGGGUGCAAGGAGGUAUAAUAAAUGUUACCCCUUCCAACUCUGUUGUGUAAAAAGAAAAAUUCACAUUGGCAAGGAAAGCAAACAGAUAGUGGUCAGAUGGACUGAUCGGGCCAUCCCCACCGAAACGGCAUUCCAACUGAUUAGAAGAGAAAAAGAUUUUUUUAUUUUCUUAAAAAUUACUCAUUAUGUGAAGAAGGAAUUAUUGGGAAAGGCAGAAGAUGGGUCACUUUCACCCCUCAUAGUGUUCCUCUACGAUGUGGCGACAGCAGGGAGGGAUGGCAUAGACAAACGCCAGACGGAAAGACAAAGUGGGGGAUGCACACAUGACUCUCUCACCAAUGUAGGGUGCCAAAAUGGGGGGAAUUUCCCCCUCCCUCAGUUAGACGAGGUACAAGGGGGAGAAGCAAACUCGAAAAGGGAACCACCACCCUCGAAAGGGGACUCCAAAAAGUUCGUUGAUCGGUAUCUCUUGUUAGUCCACUACAGAACCUAUCACAAGGUGACUCUUUCUCCCUUUUUAAACUCUCUAAUCAGUGCAAAAUUUAACCAUUCACAAAAUCGUUUUCAUCUCAACUCUACUUCUACGCAAGAGCAGCACAGGGGUCAUAAUGAAUGGAAAGACAACGGCUCCACUUUGUCCACUCCACAUAGAAGGGUCAUUACGGUUCAUUUGAAGAAUGAUAUAACGGGUAAGGUGUGCCACUCGAAAAAAAGCAAUUCCCUUGUGGAGAAUGUGCAUGGUACUCAACACAGAUACACCGAUGGGGAUGUUGGUAAUGCGAGGGAUCAGGUCGAUUUAUGUAUUACUACCCCCCUUUCCGGAAAGCAAAGAAAGUGGCUCAAAUUUUAUCGCCCUAAAAAAUACAAGUACUAUCCCUCCCCCCAAAAUGAAACAAACUGUGCAGAACAAAUCUACCAAUUGUUAAAGGAACCAAAUUGUCAUAUACAUAUUUAUACAUGCAAAAUGGAAAGGGGAAAGGAAAUUUUUUUGACCUUCCACAAAAUGACUAAGUCCUUCUUUGUUUUUAUUUCACCCAUUUUGGGCAUCCUUAAUGGAGGAGACCAGUACCAAAUUGUGUGUCUUUCGAAUGAAUUGCGUAAGGACACUACGCCAACUGAAUGUGCUUUGGUCAAGGAGAGGGUUACAUCACUUCCCCCCCCAGUCAUUACUUCCUUCCUUGAGGAACUGUCUCAUUCGAUUCGAGUUAUGUAUAAGCAGAAGAAAAAGUUGAUCAGGAAGCUCCAAAAAUAUCUUACAAACAGGACUCUCAAGGGGUACAUAAAAUUCCGUCGCUUCGGCAAAAAUGUACAGAACAAACAAAAAAUUUACUCAUACACCUUUUACGACAUUGAAGAUAAUUUUUUCCUGGCAAAGGAGGAGUACUCCACAGAAGUGAUCACAGGAGAUCCACAAAGAAGACACCAAAAGUAUCCCCCCACACAGGGCAUUCCCAACCUGCUUCACAAAAUUGAACCCAUUUUAACCCAGUGCAACCUCUUUAACCCUAAAGUGGAUGUACAUUUUGCUCAAAGGAGACUCGAACAGGUCUGCACAAAUGUUACUCAUAUGUUAACCUGGUGCAGACAAUUUAGGAUGUCAAUAAGAUGGACGAAAAGGAGCGAGUGCAUAUGUGUGUACUUCGUUAGGAAGGAUUUCCCACCCAUACUUAACACCAACUGGUGUGGUAGAGAUGGUCCCCUAAUGGAAUGCACAACUGGCUAUACUCAUCCCUCCCCCUCGCAUAAAAACGAUAAAAACACAGGAACGGAAAAUCAGCAGAAAAAGAGUCUUCAACAGGUUCAGCUACUUUAUGCCUUCCAAGUUUUAUCCACCAGAGGAAUAAUCUUUAAAAUAAUGAAGAGAGUAUGUUUCCUUUUGUUUAGCCUUAGUCAUAAAAGGGAGAAGUUUGCCAACUGGGACCUCGUGCAUAUGUUAAGACACGUCCACCACGUGGUUGUAGCUUUUCCAUACCUUUACGUUUGUUACGCACAAGAGGGGCGCUCCAGUAGUGUGCAUACCUCCACUCGAGAGAAGCGCAAUGGUCUUGGUCAACUUUCCCUUGCGCACUUCCACCCCCAUGCGGAAGGACUGCAACGGUUAAAAAGGAAAAGAAAGAAAGCCAUACGGAGGAUCUUUCUGAAGGAGGGAGAAUUUCCCUUCCUCUUAAAAAUGCACAAACUGCUUCUAUAUUUUUACCUGUACGUGAUUGGAAAUUUGUGUCAAACGUGGCUCAACAACGCCGGUGGAAGUAGGGGGACACCCAAACAGGGGGGGGAAAAGGCGACAUGCAAGGAAGCGCUGCAGCGGAGCCGGUUCGACGAAUUCAUCAAACAAAUUAAAAGAGAAAAGUGGAAGAAAAAAAUUUAUUUGUAUCUUCGAAACGGCAUGGGGGUCCUCCUCAAGCGCGACAAAAAGGGUGCCACCCAUACGGGUGAACAAUUGAGUAACAAAUCGCACAUCUUGGAAAGAGGAGCGCGAGGGACAAAAGGAACAUUCAUGAAUACGUUUAUUUUGAGGCCCGUGUGCAUGGAUGAGCAUUUCUCGGGCGGCGCAGAAGCCACCCCUGAGGGGGUGCGAGGAGACAGCGGAGUGGACUACGAGGAGGUUCUUUCUGCUCACAGAGCGACAGCCGCCAAAACUGUUAACGCCGCCAACGCAGCUAACGCCGCUAAACCGGCCAAUAUGGGCACUCCCCUUAAUAGCCGUGGCAAGUCACCUAUGGCGCACGCAGAAAAAGAAGAUUACGCCAACUUUUUCAAACUGCGAAACAUGAAAAAGACGGUUCGCAUAUUGGGCCCAGCUCUGAUGGACAAAAUGGCGGACAAACUCUACGUCGGAAGAAACGCCCUUUUGAAUGUAAACGCACACAGGGUAGAACUACUGGGCAUAGUGAAUCAAUUCGAGGAGGAGGCAAAGGGUGUUCUAUUAUAUGUAAGGGAAGCAUUAUCUCACCGGGGAGACAUAAUAACUACCAGUCAGCAUGAUCAUGGUGACCCACCACCCAACCUCAACGAAGAAGAAGUACAAAGAUUGUUACACCAUAUAUGCAAAAAAAAGCGAGUUAAUAAAAAUUUAUCUAUUUUUAACAUCCCCGGUGGGUGCACAGGAAGGGGAAAACUGCGCCAUGUUAGCAAGGCCAAGGUGAAUAACAAGGUGGUGAAAAGUUUCUUCCGAUUGGAGAAGUGUCCACAUGAGAAACGACCCCUUGAGGAGUCAAUUCGAUUGGGGAAUCGAAGCGGUACCCAUAAAGUUGCCCUGAAAUAUCUGGUCCAUUUUGUGAAUGGACACAUAACCUUCGCCGUGAAUAUUUUUUCGAAGAAUCAUCAAAAAUGGGGACACUCAACAAAUCGGGUGUACUUUCUCAACGUGUGCAAAAAUGAUGUACUUAAAAAUAUGUUAAUAGAAAAAACAAUUCACUUUUUGGAGGAUCUCCUAACCUAUGUGCAGGAAAACCUCCCCUUCGUGGAGAACGAAAAGACGCAUGCCCCCCAAACCCACCACUUCUCCUACAAUGUGUGCAAAAUAUUUUGUUACGAAUUGAAGCAAGGUAAAUGUGAUAUGAAAAAAAUAUACAAGGUAAAACCGGAGGGGGAAUUUUACGUACACCUUUUUACCUUAACAAGUCAGGCAACUGCCUUUCUUUAUUCCACAGGGGUGGGAGGUGGCUUGUGUAACCCUUUUUUUGUGAAGUUUUUUGAGCCCAGUAAAUUCUACGACGCUUUUGUGGAAAGUGUGAAUGGGGUCAUCUGA